CGACGAGCUCAAACAGCGACAACAACAUAAGAAGAGUUUCGUUUAGAGCGAAGAGUUUCGUUUUCCAGGCUUUGAAGCUUUCGUUUGACAGAGAGAAGAGAGGAGCUUGCCGUUACGAGUGUAGCCUUAGAUGUACUGAAGCAGCGUUUCGUUAUUUCUUCAGAGAGAAGAUGCAUUCAGCGUCCAAAAUUUACAACGCCCCUCUCACUUCAAGGUUAACAGAAAAGCAAAGGCAGCAGCUUUGUGACAUGAUGGGAAACCUGGAACUGACUCUUCUCUACAAAGGUUCAGUUCAUGGAUAUCAAGCUUCUGCUUUCCACCAGAGAUGUGACCGUCAGGGUCCCACUUUACUUGUAGCCUACAACCGUUCAGGCUACAUCUUUGGUGGAUACACUAGUGUGGAUUAUGCUCAGAGCGGGCAGCCAAUUAGAGAUGAUCAGGCUUUCCUGUUCAGUGCUCAGGAUGGUAAAGACCCUGUUGGCAUCAGAGUUAACAGUGGACAUUAUGCACGCUAUGAUGAUGCUGAAGGGCCUAACUUUGGCCAACAGUUGUACUUUUGCUACAACAACCACCCACUUGUGAAAAUUGAAUUUAUUCUUAACGAAGCAUUCAGUUUUCAUUCUUUCUCAUAUGGAUAUGACACUUGGCUGAGUGAGUGUGAAGUGUACAAAGUGGAACAGAGAAGUGCUCUGUUACAGAUGCCAUGGAGGAAUGUUCUGUGGACAGCUGAACGAAGAGCAGAGCUCAUGGAAAUGAUCAGAAAUUUUAAACCCCUGGUGACAUCUGUCAGCCGUUUUCGAAUCCUAAUGAUCGGUCCUGUAGGAGCUGGAAAAUCCAGUUUCUUCAACUCCAUCAACUCCAUCUUCACUGGUCAUGUGACCAACAAAGCCAUGUCAGGAUCUGCAGGCACUAGUCUAACUGUGCAGUUUCGCACAUAUCCUUUGAAAGAUGGUUGUGGAGGAAAGCCGUUGCCAUUUGUGUUGUGUGACACUAUGGGACUCGAGGAUCAAUCAGGUGCAGGACUGGAUAUUGAGGACAUCAGCAGCAUUCUUCAAGGACACAUACCUGACCGCUAUACAUUCAAUCCCACAACACCAUUUCAACCUGAUGAGCAGAAGUCCUCCAGACCUGCAUCUCUUCAGGAGAAGAUCCACUGUGUGGUGUAUGUGAUAGACAGCACCAAAAUCUCCCUCAUGUCUGACAAACUACAGGAAAAACUUGCUUCCAUACGCCGAAAAGUGAACUCCCUGGGCAUCGCUCAGAUCGUGUUGAUGACAAAAGUAGAUGAAGCAUGUCCUCUAGUGGAGGAAAAUCUUCAAAGUGUUUAUGUCAGUUCCUACAUCAAGUCGAAGGUGCAAGAGGUGAGCUCUGGGUUGGGUGUGCCGGUGUCUUGUGUGUUACCGGUGAAGAACUACAGUCAGGAGCUGGAGCUGGAGCUCAACUGUGACGUCCUGCUGCUCACCGCUCUACAGCAAAUGCUUCGCUUUGCAAACGACUAUCUGGAUGAUGUUGGACCUUUAUAGCUAAUUUAACAUUAUAUCUUUGUGUGAAAUGUACUAUCAAUAGUUUUUUUCACUAUUUAAUCUACUAGUUGUGGGACAUAUUACAUAUCACUACAAUAAGACAUCUAAAAAGUGUUAUUCUGUUCUGUUUAUCCAUUCUACUUCUUUCAAAAUCAUACCCAUUCAAUAAAAGGAAAUGCAAACAAACAUCUUCUUACCACCUAAACAUGUUG